AUGAUAGCUUCUUUACGCCUUGAAAAUGAAAAACAACCGGCAACAAGCCUGGGAUACGUUAAACGUCUCGAAACACAACAUAUCGAUUGUGGGAGAGCUUUGAAGGGAGAAUCGGCCUACCUUUCCACAAUCACCGGCGACCACAGAAUUCCACUAAUCCCUAAUCCGUCUCUCAAAAUGUCGUGCUCCGAAAUAACCAAAAGAAUUCUCCCAAGAUAUUCCAUGAAGCCAUUGAGAAUCGGAGGAAUUGCGUUUGCUCGGAAUGUUUUCGCUGACUACGAGUAUAUUGAAAAACAGAUUCAGAUGACGUGGCACCCACAAAAUCGCUAUUGUUUCGUGGUGGCUGAGAACGCAGACUCUGGAUUCUUUUGGAAAGUUGAACAAUUGGUGAAGUGUUUUGGCAAUCAAAUGAUUAUGCUUCAUGGUAAGACAUAUUCGGAUUUAAAAUAA